GUCAACUUCACCGCACUGCCAUUUAGGCCCUACUGGAUGGAAAAGACGAAACUCCCAUGGCGACAAAAUCUACUCAGGGUCUGACAAACUGAUGCUGGAUGCCAUGGAAUCGACCCUCAACUUUACCGGGAGGCCUUUGGAGGUUACGACCUGGGACGAGGUAGUUCAAAAGGUAACAGAGCGUAAAGCCUGGUUUUCACCUAUCAUACAUGCCGUGUACCAUUCAAGGCUGAAGAGAUUCGAUUACACGAGGACUUAUGAACAUGACAUCAACGUCGGCUUCGUCAUGGCUAAACCGGUUCCUGAGCCUAAGUGGCAGAGUCUGUACUACCCUUUAACUAAUGAAGUUUGGCUCUGUAUCCUGGGAUCGUCUGUGAUAGCUUGCAUAGGACUGAUUGGGGUCAUCAGAGGCUCAGAGAAGCUACAAGACCUCAAGAAACACUCCUCUGAACUUGUCAUUUUGGACUUACUGGGGACACUCUUGGGUCAAGCGCUAAGCAACCGUCUGCCAGAGACACCUUCCACGAGAGUCUUGUUGCUGAUUUGGUUGGUAUUUGCUUUCAUCGUGGGAUCAGUUUACAGGGGGAAUUUGAUGGCUUUUCUUAUUGCACCCAAAUACCCACCGAGGCCUGAGACUCUGGAGGAACUGACGAAAGUUGUUCAAAGGGUAACGAUGCCCAGUUUUGGAAAUCCCCUUCGGGAAAUCCUGAGGAACUCUGAAACGGAGUCGAUGAGGACCCUGGGCAACAUGAUGGAACUGGGGUAUGAAAUCGAAGAAGGCCUCAGAAUUACACUGGAGAAAAAAUACCCCCACUUCGGCUCGCUGCGUUUCCUUCAGUACGAUGUUGCAUAUCGUUACACGGAGGCUGACGGGACGUCACCGCUGUAUGUGGGCAGGGAAACGAUCAUGCCCAUCUACAACGCUUGGCCCAUACCCCACGAUGCCCCUUAUAAAAAUGAUUUAGAUUUUGUCAUAUUGGCUUUGAUUGAGGGAGGCAUCUAUGACAAGUGGAUGGAAGACUGGCUGGAAGAGGCCAAGAGAGUCGGCCGACAGAGCCGCAGGAGGCAAAAGCUGGAAGCAGGCGCUCGCCUGGAAAGCUGGACGGGCGACUUCCCUACAGAAGCCGCAAAUACUAUGGAGCUGAGGGCUCUCAACAUCGUCCAUUUCCAGGGGCCCCUGAUGCUCUUGGCCCUAGGCAUGGUUUUAGGGGGUGUGGCCUUCUUCGUUGAGAGCUUCAGCAUUUGGUAUUCGUCUGCCAAGGACUUAAGGGUUAGGCUGAGAGGACAAGAUAUGGAGAAAUGAUCUUAGGGCUACUUGAAAUGCAACGCUGUUUAUUAGCCCAUGUCUAGUCUAUAUUUUGGCUUGUGAAUGAAUUAUCACAGGAAAUACUGCUGUAAAAUGUGUCACUUACUCAUUAACCUACUAGGCAUUCAAAUAUUCAAUAUUUCAUGAAUGGUUAACCAAUUUUAAUCGUUAAUUACCUUCUGUAGAAUAGUACUAAUAAUGGCCCAUAAUAUUUCGUAAUCUGAAACCCUGAUGUUACGUUGCAUAACAGAAAGACAUGAAUUUUUGUUUCAUUUUCGAAAUACAGCACCCCCAAAGACCAGCAGGUGCACACCCUUGGGUGUGGUCUAUACUAGGAUGGGUUACCAGUAAGAGAAAAGCAAGACAAUAUUGUAAUAUUAUAACCUUGAGCAUCCAUGGGGGCAUAAUGCUAACAGCUCCACCCCCUAAACAUAAAUGCUUAAAACCACAGAGGUAGCACCUACUCUAGGUACUUCCUAGAAGGAGUAUACAUAAUAUAAUUUAUUACAUCCUGAUUCAUAUUCUAGUAUUGAAUUUAUACCUUGUAUUCCUAUUUGGUGUUAUAUUAAGAAGACUGCUUCCCAGUUAAGUUUGGGUUAAUCUUAAGCAAAGUGUUGACCUCAAUUUGGUAAGGUCGUUAUGCUUAGUGAUCUGAUAUUAGCACGUGAUCAAAUAUAAUUCUUUCCAAUCUAUGCUAUAGAAUAGCCAGUAUUACAAAUACACCUGUCUAGUACAUAGCUUAAUGACAAACGGAUUAUGAAAUGCCUAUAUCCUGUAACUGUAAGGCUUUAUUGUAUACCGUGAUAGUUCUGGUAAUUUAUUAGUGUUUGUCAUAUUUUUCUUGUAUCCUGGUAAUAUGUGAAAUAAAAAGUAUUAAAUUUAUUUUCUUUUGGCAAUGAUAU